UGUCAUUCUGCAUCGCAAUCUAAUAUCAUAUGAUCCUUUUUAUCAGUUUUCAUCUGUAAUAUUUCCGUCGACUGACUUUACGAUCGUGUAACCUUUGACCCUCCAGUUCUAAACAUGGCGGUUACACUCCUCUCUAAGGCACUCUUUCUUUUCGUCUUCUCUGUAUUUUCUAGCAUUUGUUUUACGGGAGAGUGUUAUACUCCAUGCUACACGACCAAGAUGAGGUCAAUCCCAGCCAACCAUUUGAUGUACAAGAAAGCUAAACCGUUAGUGAUCGGACACAGAGGCAACCUACGGAAAUACCAAGAAAACACGUUAGAAGGAUUCACUAGUCUUCUGGAGACAAAUGCUGACGGCUUUGAGCUAGAUAUCUAUUUGACCAAGGACGAAGAAUUAGUGGUUUUUCAUGACGAUAACACAAUGAAAUUAACUGGAGUAAGCAAGACCAUGUGGGAAACAACCGCAGAAGAGCUAACUAAGAUUGAACUGCCCAAGUCUUUGAAUUACGAUGGUAAUGUUUACAAUUAUUCUAAGCGUCGUCCUAUUCCAAUGCUGAGAGAUGUGCUGAAUGCUAUGAAGGAGAGUGACAAACUCAUGUACCUAGAGAUCAAGCCAUCCAGACUGCGCGAUCUAAGAGAGAGCUAUAACGUGGGACGUAAAGUGGCACAAGUGGUUAAAGAAAUGGGAUUGGUUAACCAGGCAUCUAUUAUAUCGUUUGAUCCCAUCAAGAGUCUUGCAGCACAUCUUGAAAAUCCUAACAUUCCCACAGGUUUCUUCUACCAACCAAAUUACUGGCUUCCAUCAUGGUUCGACGGAGUAUACAAGCAGGUGUCUCAAGUCCCAGGCAUGGAAGAAUGCAUCAAACGAAUCCCAAAUGGAACAGCAUUCAUCAAAGGCCUGUUCCAAACUGGAGAUGUACCAAAAGCUAUCAAUGCCACUUUCUUGGACAUGAACUACAAGAUUUACGAUAACCCUCUCUACUCGAACAACACAUUCCAGACCCUGAGGAAUAACUACAGCCCUAACAUCAGCGCUGGAGCAUAUACGAUAUAUAGUAUGAAAAAUAGCAAACAGGAGGAUGUUGGUCAGGAUGCAGUGAUUGACAGUUUGGUGAAGCAAGGGGCGGAGCGACUCAUCACAGAUGAUGUAUAUAGACUGCUCGCUAAGCUAGGUCGUCCCCAGAAGCAUCCUACAGCUACAGCUUCCAAGAAUGAAACAUUCUUGCUUAACGUGGCUUUUCUCGUGAUGUUUAUCGUCCUUUUCAUCAAGUAAGCGUCCUUAAGCCUCACUUUCCUGAUGAUCACGGACGAGCUGAUCAAGAGAAUCGCCGGCUCAUCAUUGGAAGUUAACUUUGAACUAGAGCUGGCUAAUGUUCUAUUUUCAGGGGGAACAAUAAGAAUAUAAUAUGUAUGAUUACUGAUCUGAUUAAGCAAAACUGGUUUCUUUUUCAUAUAACCCAGUGUUUAGGGACUGGUCAUAAAGUACAGGGGGUGGGGGCAAAAUCAGAAUACAAUCAGUGUUUUUUUAUCUUGGCCCAUUAUAAAAUGAUGCUGGAAAUAUGAUGACCAACCCCAGUUUAGAAGCAAAAUUGCAGAUGUGAUCCACCCCUGAAAAAAGGAUCCACUGAUCAGAUUUACCUAUACUAUUCAAUCUAAAUCCCAAAAGAAUGUUCUUGGUUGCACACGUCUGCCACUUCUUGUAACAUUGACUGUUUCGGCUUCUUCUUUCUCUCUGUCAUCGUUUUUCUCACUAUCAGUAAUUCCUAUUUCAUGAGUAGCAAUAACAGUUUCUUCGUCGCUAUCCAAAUCUUCAGUAUAUCCUCAUCAGUGUCCUCACAUGAAUUAUCAUCAUCUUCAGUGUCCUCGCGUGAAGUACCAUCUUCGUCAUGCUCUUCCUCUGUUGUAGUUGUCGUAGUGUUUAAAAGCUGCAUAGACAGCCAAGCAUUUAUUAAUUGGACUUUCUCACUUUUGUACAUUUUUCGCUUAAGCAAGUUGUGCUUUUUUAAAAGAGGUCCAAGACCGCAACCCUCUGCUUUUUAAGCAUUCCGCUUUCUUGUGUGUUUUUCCAGUCAUAGUCUUCGUAURCUUUAAGUUUCUCUGCUUCCUUAUUUUUUUCUUUUCAUUUGCCCUUUUAAUUUUUUCAUUCGAAGGUACUGCAGAUGUUCUACAUACUUCCUAACCAGAUCUUCUGCAGCUGCAAAUUUUGCCCCCCCUCCCUCUCCCCCCCUCCCUACUCCCCAUACUUUAUGACCAGUUGGUAGCCGCACAAACACGGACCAACCAACUGCGGAAUUGCCGAAAUAAACUGCUGAUUUGACGCUUUCUGAAAUGAUAACACUGAACUAAAUAAAUGUAGGAUUUUUGGUGUUCAA